AUGGAAUCUGUCGUCCCGCCCCAGAUAACCGCCGAGCUGACGCAGAUCCUGUCCAAUCUCAUCCUGGGUGAUAAUGACAUCCGUGCCAGCGCAGAGAUAGCCGUCAACGAGCGUCUGACACAUACACCCGACCUGUACCUGCUCGCCCUUGCCCAGUUCGCGAUCACGGCGGACACAGAAGUGAUGCGCUCGUUUUCGCUUGUUCUCCUCCGCCGCCUCCUCUUCCGCCCGGCCCCCGUACUCACAGCGAACAACGGCGGCCCGCCCGCCCCCGGCUCCGACAUCCACCAACAACUGCAACAACAACAGCACCAUCUACAGCAGCAGCAACAGCAGCACAUACCCUCGCAUGCCACACACGCGAACCGUUCCUCGCUGUAUGACCACCUCUCGCACCAGACGCUCAAUACCCUGGAACGGCUGCUUUUAUUCUCAUUGGCGCACGAGCGCGCGGGGAGUGUGAGGCGGAAGACGGUGGAUACGGUGUGUGAUGUCGCGAAUCAGGGGAUGGCGAGGGGUAGACCGUGGCAUGCGUUGCAGGCGCAGGCGUUUAGUAUGACGCAUGCGCAAGGGCUUGGAGGUGAGGAGGGCUCAGGCGGUGUGGGUGGUGGUGCGGUGCCCGGGUGGAUGUUGAGGGAGAGCGCGUAUAGAGUUUUUGCAGGAUGUCCGAGCCUUGUGAUGGACCUCCAGAUCGAUGCCGUGCUCGGUGUGUUCCAGCGCGGCUUGCAGGAUCCUGAGGAUAUUGAGGUUCGCCAUGCAGCGCUCCUGGCGUCCGUCGCGUUCCUCUCCUCGGCAGACGCCACCCAACUCGCCCAGUCCAUUUCCCUACUCUCACCAAUGCUCGACACCCUCCCAGCCCUCUCCAACGCGCUCUCACAUCCACCAUUACACGCUCCCCUCCCUCCCCCGACAACAUCUUCCUCUACAUACACCUACGCACCCUCACGACCAAAAACGUCCAACUACCACUACCUAUCCACCUUCCUCUCGACGCUCACCCCGCUCGCGAGCACACAUCCUAUACUCUUCGCACCGCAUUUGCAGACGCUUCUGACGUUCCUGCCGAGUUUGAUUUUGCCCCCGGUGGAUUGUGGGCCGACGCCGACUGUUGGGCGGCCGUUUCCUGUCGGUGGUGGGGGCAAGGUAAAUGGGAAUGGGAAUGGGAGGCAGGGUGCAUUUUUGUUUCCGCCUGUGCCGGGAGGAGGAGGGGGGAUGCGUUUGGACGAUGACGAUGGUGAUGGUGGAGAAGACGACGACGACGCGUCGCAUGACGAGCGGUCUACUCUCCGGUUCUCAGCGUUGGAAUUCAUGAUCUCGCUUUCGGAGGCGAGACCGAAUAUGGUGAGGAAGGUGGUUGGGUGGACAGAGGUGAUUGUGCGUGCGUGUUUGGAGGGCAUGGGCGAGCUUGAGGAGGAUGGGGAUGUGGGGGAGUGGUUGAGGGAGGAUCCCUCGACUGCUUCGAGUUCAGCAGAAACAGAUGCGCCGCCUGCGUUGUAUGAGCAGAGUUUGGAUCGGCUCGCGUGUGCGAUGGGUGGACGCGCGAUUUUGCCACCUGCGUUCCAGUACAUUCCAUCGAUGAUGGCGAGCUAUGAUUGGCGUGUGAGGCAUGCUGGGUUGAUGGCGAUCGCUGCUAUUGGGGAAGGGAUAGGCAAGGUUAUGCAAAAGGAACUGGAGAAGAUCGUCGACCUUGUGACGCCCAUGUUUAACGAUUCACAUCCUCGCGUCCGGUAUGCGGCGUGCCAGUGUAUAGGGCAGCUGUGUACAGAUCUCGAGGAAAUCAUCCAACACCGCUUCCACCGCCAACUCUUCGCUGUCCUCAUCCCCGCCCUCGAAGAUCCCGAACCACGAGUCCACGCGCACGCCGCAUCGGCGCUUAUCAACUUCUGCGAGGGCGUCGAGCGUGAUACCCUCCUUCCCUAUCUCGACCCGAUUGUCGAGCGGCUGCUGAAGUUGUUGAAUCCGGGCGGUGACCAGACGCAGGUGAGGCGGUAUGUACAGGAGCAGGCGAUCACGACGCUUGCGAUGGUUGCGGAUGCGAGUGAGGUUACGUUUGGAAAGCAUUAUCCAACGAUUAUGCCGCUUUUGUUGAAUGUACUUCGGAAUGCAGAAGGCCCGGAUUAUAGAAAGUUGCGGGUGAAGGCUAUGGAGUGUGCUGGGUUGAUUGCCAUCGCUGUUGGACCUGAUGUGUUCAGGCCCGACUCGAAGACGCUCGUUGAGCUGCUAAUGCAUAUUCAGCAGGGACCUCAUGAUCCCAAUGAUAAUCAAGUAGGACACUACUUGAUUGCGACGUGGGCUAAGGUGUGCCAGGCUCUAGGUCCAGAGUUUGAGCCGUACCUAGCUCUCGUGAUGCCCUCGCUGCUUGCGACGGCUGGUGCAAAAGCAGAUUUAUCGCUAUACAACGACGAGGAUGAAUAUAGUGACGAACGUGACGGGUGGGAGACCAUCGUGAUGGACGGGCAGACGCUGGUCCCGAUGCUUCUUGCGUGCGGCAAGCAGAGUGGUACCCUCACGAAUCAGAUGGUAGCCACUGUCUUCCAUCAGCUCAUCACCUGCAUCAACACCGAGCAUGACGCGACCUUCCUCGCCUCGCUGUACAAAUACUUUUCCGAAUCCCUACGCGUGAUCGGGGGACCCGAGGCGCUCUCGCAGCAGUUCCACGAAGCGGUGAUGGAGGCAACGAAACGACAACUACACUCGAUGGCCGACAGACGCAAAGCGCGCGCUGCACGCGUUAAUGGCACUGGCGGACCCAUGAGCAUGAGCAUGGGGAUGGGCGACUACGACCGCGAUGAGAUGGCGCUCGUAGAGGAAAUUGAAGAUUUCGCGCUGGAGGAUAUGGGCAAGAUGUUGAUGUGCUUUGACCCGAACCAUCCGCUACUUGUGGCUGUUGCGGGUGUGAGGGACUUAGGGUUCAAUACGUAUGAUAGUGAUGAGGAUGGUGAGGAGGAGUGA